GAGCUGUAACGAUGAAUUCUUCACCUAAUGUAAUCCAAAAAAGUAGUGAAAAAACAUGUUCGGAACCUAACGCGAAUAAAAAAGAACGUAAAGUGUUGUCUUUGGCUGAGAAACUUUCGAUUAUAAAUGAAUGCGACAAAAAUGUUGGUGCAAAACAGUGUGAUCUAGCAAAAUCAUUCGGAAUUCCAACAUCUUCGUUACGUACAAUUUUAUCCAAGAGAAAGGCAAUUGAAGAUGCUUCGGAAGAAUUUGAAUCAAAACGUAAAAAGAUUCGAUGUGGUAAACAUGACGAGCUGGAAAAAAUCUUACUGGACUGGUUUACUCAAGCACGUGCCAUGAAUAUUCCUAUCGACGGUCCCCUUUUGAAAAGUAAAGGUUUGGAAAUUGCAAAAAAAUUAGGAAUCGAUAAUUUCAAUGCUUCGGAUGGAUGGCUUCAUCGAUUUCGUUCUCGACAUGGUGUUCUUCAUAAAAAAAUUUCUGGCGAGGCGGAAAGCGUCGAUGACGAUUGCGUAACUUCUUGGAUGAAAAAUGUGCUGCCUUCCUUACUCGCCGGUUAUGCACCUGCAGAUGUGUUCAACGCAGACGAAUGUGCACUCUUUUAUAAGUUGAUGCCAGACAAAUCUAUGGUCUACAAACACGAGAAUUGCCAUGGUGGCAAACUAAGCAAAGAUAGGCUUACCGUUCUGUUGUGUACCAAUGCCGAUGGUACAGAGAAGCUACCACCUCUAGUUAUAGGCAAAUCGAAGAACCCUCUGUGUUUUAAAAACGUCAAGACUUUACCCUGUGAUUACGAGGCACAGAAAUCAGCCUGGAUGAGCACUUCUCUUUUUACAUCAUGGUUGAAAUCUCUAGACCAAACAAUGAUGAAAAAAAGUCGCCGAAUACUGCUUCUGAUUGAUAACUGUCCAGUGCAUCCAAAAGAUGUUGUUCUGAAAAACAUUGAAUUGAAGUUUUUCCCUGCAAAUGCUACUAGUCGACUACAGCCUUUAGACCAGGGAGUGAUUAAAGUAACGAAACAAAAAUAUCGACGUCGUGUUGUUGAACGUUAUUUAGCAGAAAUUGAUUCGAUAGCAUCACAAGACGAGGUAAAAGUUUCCUUAAACGUAUUAGAUGCUCUUCAUUACAUAAGUGGGGCAUGGAAUGACGUUUCUGCAGCAGCCAUUCAACACUGCUUCCAGAAAGCUGGCUUUUUCCCUUCAAAAGCUGUUCCAUCGGAAGAAGGUGAUUUCCAAGUUUGGUUAGACUCAAUGCAACCACUUCUGAACUGUGCAUUAAAGGACUUUAUUGAAAUUGACGAUGACGUAGUAACAUGUGCUGAAUAUAGUAUCGAUGAUAUCAUUGCUGCAAAGACAACGGACAACCAAAAUGAAAAUGUGGAAGACAAUAGCGACGACGAGGAAAGUGUCACUGAUGAUAAAGCUCCUCUGAAAAUCGAAUCCCUGAACGCAAUUCAAGUUUUGCGAAAUUACUUCUGCUCCAUAGAUGGACUUCCACAAACCGUUUUCGAUCAUCUCAAUGCGACUGAAAAUGCUAUUUACCGUUACAGCAGAGUACAAACUCAGAGUUCAUUAUCAGAUUUUUUUCCUUCUAAAUAAGUACCCACAUAUGUAGUACAUAAUACAGCUGGUUG